AUGGCCAAGGAUGGGCUGCUGUUGCACGUGAUAGUGGGCCUGAACCCGUCCAACGACAUGCACAGCCUUUACACAGCCUUGCCCUCUACAACAGAUGGUGGCUGUAACGGGUCUCGUGGGAGGAUGUUUCAAUUGAAAUUUUCGAUAGUGGGACUAAAGUUAAGUACCCGCAAUGCUGGUCCCCGCGGCAGAGCGAGAGAUCUUCCUUCUCCCUCACUACUGAAGCCAGAUAAGUCUCUUUUGGGUUUCGGUCACUUACUGCCAACCACUGGGAAAUUUAUGGGUUUAUGGGCGCGUCACCAUUUGCGGGACAUCUUUCACCGGCUUCUCCGGCCCAGCUCAUCUAGGCAUCAGGGGGCCAAAUUGAACCGGGAUCCCCUCGAAUGGUCUCUCAAAUCUCAACGCUUUCACCGGAGCUGCACUGGUGGCGGUGCGAAUGUCUGCACCGCCGAUCGUCUUGGCGGGCUCGAAGAAGUAAUUACGGCCGGAAAACGACACAUCUUCAGGUAUUGGUUAUGGUUGUGCACUUCGACCUUGCCACCGAUAAGCAGCUAUCAAGCUGUGCUUGUCUGCAGAAGCCUAAAUGGACUAAUUCUUAUAUAUACGUCCUGUAUUGGUCGCAAAAUUCGCAUACUGGUUCUUGGACAUCUCAAAUUCGCUUCACAGCUUACAAUGGCCACAAAAUCGUUCACGAACCACCUGAUCACAGAUGAGCUCUCGUACAAUCUUUCGAGAAAAUACCCUUUCGGCCGAGCCUUUAAAUGGUGGGUUCUUGGAGUCUUCACCUUCUUCAUGGUGCUUCUCACCGUGUUCAACGUUGCCGUGAACGGGUUCGACAAAGACUUCAGAUACACCACGGAUCCGAACACAACAGUCAGCGACACCCACUGGUAUAACAGUUUAGUUUUUACGUGGGGCUCCAAUAGUCUCACUCCGACAUGCCAGAGUUUACAAAUCCCGGUUGGUUACCGAUUCAUCACCACGAAUCUGGGCUUUCAGUAUACAGUAUCGAAGAUAGCAGGAUCAGGCGCGAAACCAAAACAACAAAGAGCUUCUGUGUCAUAUCAUAAUAACACUUUGGAGAAUUGCAACAUCAUCAACAUCAGCAUAUAUCUGAAGAAGUCCGAUUCGUCCCCACCUAAGCGGAACCAGGAAAAUUUUGCUCGCUGGAGCUGGAUGGAAAGUAAUGCCAUUGCCAUCGUUCAUUGCCAAAUCACGAACGACGACGACAGAUUUACACUAGAGUUUCGAGUUGAAUAUACCCCUCAGAUCUAUGACCACUCCUUCAUCGCGUCUGAUGAUCUCGAAACGAACGCAGCUCUCUGGUGGGGCGCUCGGCUGUUGAACGCGUAUUUUGCCGGUAUACAACAUACUAUGUUGGGAUAUCUACCAGACGAUUACAAGGACACUCCGAUAUACACGCGAGCGAAAAUAGACUUUCACACUAGAUCCGGCGGAAGUAACAGAUCGAUCCAUGACUCACAACUUUACAACCUAGAUUAUAACUUUCUUCGUUCAGAUGGGGUAGCGAUCUCGACAAACUUUCUUGGACAUGACAGCAGCUCAGUAUACAACAACGCGAGUGUCCCACUGUCCCGCCCGCUGACCGAGGCUCUCAUGUGGAACAAGAUCUUUCGAUCCGCCAUCCUCGCUGACCUCGGAAAUACGGAAGCGGAGAACCUGCUCACUAACGAAACUCUGUUACGAUAUGCUCUCGAUCCGGACGAUGAUUUCAACAGAGUGUCUGGCGCGCCGCUGAAGCCCGACGAGAUGGGAAGUUGGAGGUGGAUGUUCGCCGCCAUGCCCUACCCUGGUAACUAUUCUAAGCAGCCUGUCUUUCUAAACGAGUCUUUCGACAUAUUUGAGGGCCACGCUCACCCUCUGAAGACAAAGCCUGCAUUUAUAUUUGCAGAAUAUAUCUGCAAUGUUCCGGGAAUGAGAAAUCCGUUGGCUAUGGUUAUGUUCACGCUUGUUGCGAAUUUGGCGCUUUUCCACUCGGCUUGGGCGCUGUUCAAGUAUGUGGCUGAUAGGCGCGUGUCGUGGAUCGAUCAGGAAAGCAACUGUAAGAGCGCCGAAACACUUCAGGGAAGGGAGAUGCAAGAAGGAAUUGAGAUGAUUGAAGGGGAAGAGCUUUCUAGAGAGGGGAAAAUCCCUAAAGAAGACCAAACGCACAAAUACAGCUUCUCUGAAGAGGAAGACGAUGCAGAGGCUUCGAUCAAUAUGGGAGGCUUGCUGCGUUCGGAGUCAAGCAAAGAUAUGAAGCAGGAGAGACUUUACAAAGACCCUAAUACAUGCAAGGCAGAAUAG